UGCAACCUUUCCCAAGGUCACAACUCACCAGCAGGAUCUUUACUGAAGCACCAACCCUCUCAAUUGUCACUUACCAUCCAUUUCAACAUGGCAACCCGAUGGGGACUCUGUGGUGCGGGGAAGAUCAGCCAUGAUUUCAGUGUAGCCAUGAAGACUCUGCCUCCUGGAGAUCAUCAGAUAGCAGUUAUUGCAUCAAGGAGCUUGGAGCGUGCCAAAGAGUUUGCCAAGAAGCAUGGUAUUCCUAAGGCUUACGGCAGCUAUGAGGAGUUGGCCAACGACCCAAACAUUGACAUUGUGUACCUGGGAGUGCUGCACACAGAGCACUGGCGAGUUGGUCUGCUGUUCCUCAAGGCAGGGAAAAAUGUGUUGUGUGAGAAGCCCUUUGCCAUGAACUCCAGACAGGUGAAAGACCUUGUUGCUGCAGCCAAGAAGAGCAAUGUCUUCCUGAUGGAGGCCAUCUGGUCCCGCUGUUUCCCCGUGCACGCUGAGGUGCGCAGGCUGCUGGCAGAGGAGGCAGUAGGAGAGGUGAAACUGGUAAAGGCCUACUUCGGCUCCCCUCAGCUGCAUAUCCCCCGCUCAGUGGAGAAGGAGCUGGGUGGUGGUGCAUUGCUUGACAUUGGAGUAUACUGCCUGCAGUUUGUACUGAUGGCGUUCAAUGGAGAGAGGCCAGAGUCCAUUCAGGCCACAGGGGUGCUGCUUGAUUCAGGAGUGGAUGAGUCAGUGGUUGUGGUGAUGAAGUUCUCCAGGAACAGGAUGGCCCUCUGUGCCUUUUCAAUUGCUGCUCGACUUCCGAACGACGCUGUCAUCAGCGGCACCAAGGGCUCCAUUAAAGUUCUUGGCCCCAUGCACUGUCCUACCACACUUGUGGUGAACGACAAGGAGAUGGAGUAUCCUCUGCCUGAACCCUGCCUCCCUCUGAAUUUCACCAACAGCACUGGGCUUCGCUAUGAGGCAGAGGAAGUGAGGCAGUGCCUGCUUAAAGGACUUAAGGAGAGCCCACGGAUGCCUCUGGCAGACUCCAUCUUACUGACAGAGAUCAUGGAUGAAAUCAGGAAACAGGUGGGAGUUGCUUUCAGCCAGGACAGCCAGUGAAAUCACUCCAAAGCUGGGCUGUUUCACCUGACCUAAACUACUCAGACGGAACGGCGGGGAGCUGCUCGGGACAGGCUUUGAGUCUGUGGUAUAAGUAGAUCACUCAUGGCACUGUGUGACAAAGCCUGAGCAGAGGCUGUCACUGAGGCUACUGCGACUUUGCUAACACAGUCAGCUGCCACUGAAUUAAAGGUACAAUCUGCAAUCAAUUUCAGAUUACCUAAUCAUUGGAACAUGUAAGUCUUGGGAACAUUGAUUACUGCUUGGUUCCAUAUACUUCAUAUACUAGUAGAGCUCCAAACACCUUAUAAUACACAAACACUGUCAGUGAAAACAAAUGUGGUUGAAAACGUUACAAAAAAAACAGAUAAAUCACAAUGUAAACAAAUAGAGCAACCAUAUGUAACCAUCGAGUAAUCAAACGCAGCUGUCACUGUGAGGCGUGUGAUUGAUGAAUCCAAUAAAAGAAUGAUUGUGAAAGCCUUGUUUCAUUUCAAAUAUCACCCACUGGAGAGGAGAAGAGACUUCGAGUGGCACAUUUGAAUCA